UUUUAAUGUGAGUCCUUAUGUAAGCAAUAAAAAUUAAUUUUAAAAAAAUGGGAACUGUUCAUGCAAUGAAUUCUAAUAUGUCUCGAAAUGUAAAUGAAACUUCAAAUAAUACUAAUGAAACACAAAAUUUAAAAAAACAUAAUUCUAAGAUGAAUUUAUAUCAAAAACCGCAAGAAGAACCCAUUCAGGUUUUUCGUUCAGUGAAGGCAAGAGUUGAUAAAAUACAUGUUGAUGGACUUAUGAGGACAAAAGAUGAUAUAAUAGAAACCCAAGUGAAAGAACUGUUUAAGGCUCAAGAUUUUCAUGAUGUUAUCUUACAUGCCUUUAAAGUACGAGAAAAGCUAAAAGGUUUAGGAUGUUUUGGGAAUAUUGGAAUUUACAUUGAUACCAGUCAAGGUCCUGAUGCUACCCCAGAAGGUGUUGAAGUUACCUUUAUUGUACAUGAACUGAAACGCUUAGCAGGUGGAAUUAGUACUAUGGUUGGAAAUAAUGAAGGUUCAGUUAUGGUUCAAGCAAAAGCACCUAAUUUAUUUGGAAGAGGAGAACGUCUUCAGAUGGAAUAUUCUCAUGGUUUAAAACAUUCAACUAAUAUGAGUAUAUCUGCCGUUAAACCAUUUGUACACAAUUGGCUUCAUACAGUAUUAACCGGUAGCAUCUUCAACACAUCCAGUUGGUUUCCAAGGUCUGGUUUUAGUCAAUGUGAUAAAGGUCUUUUGUUAGAUAUUGCUCGCAAUCCUGAUGAAGCAGGUUUAUUAAAGCACAAUUUACAAUAUGAAGCCACAUAUAGGGAAAUUAUUCCUUCUAAACAAACGUCGCUUCACGUUCGUAAGCAAUGCGGUCCAAAUUUAAAAUCUGCAUUGCGACAUAUUUGUUCUAUUGAUAAAAGAGAUUCAACAAUAUUUCCCACUAUGGGAAGUUUUGUACAGUUUUCAUCAGAAGUAGCUGGUCUUGGAGGAGAUAUUGGAUUUGUUAAAAAUGAAUUUACCAUGCAAACUAAUUGGACACCACAUGAAUUUAUAACCUUCCAGCUGGGUUUUCAAUCUGGAUGGCUUCGAGGAAUCAGCAAUGACUUCAAAAUCAAUAUUGCUGAUCAAUUUUUCCUGGGUGGACCAUUGAAUCUUAGAGGAUUUAAUAUGAGAGGUUGUGGACCUCGUAUCAAUGGAAAUUUUAUUGGUGGCGAUGCAUAUUGGGCAGUCGCUCUUCAUUUAUACACACCAUUGCCAUUUAGGCCUGGUUGUAAUGGUUUUGGUGAUCUUUUUAAGUUGCAUGGUUUUAUUAACGGUGGAAAUGUAUCUAAUUUCACUUUCAAAUUUGCUAAAGAAAAUAUGAAAAUUUUUAAGGAAAAUGUUCGUUGCGCGGUUGGUGGAGGUAUUGCAAUGAAAGUUGGAAAUAUAGCAAGAGUAGAGUUAAACUUAGUUAUGCCUUUAUUAUUUGACAAAAGCGAUAUAUUGGAACAGUUUCAAUUCGGAAUUGGUCUACAAUACUUAUAA